GCUCGAUCCGAUUUUAUGAAACGUACACUCCCAACUAAACCGGCAGCGGAUAAUGAUGAACGCGUGUUUCAACGGAAACGGCGUCGAUCUGUCCCGUUCCUACCUAUUCGAGGUCACCGGAGAUUCAUCGGAUGUCGAGUCUUCGGUUCUACACCAGGAUUCGGUGGUGGUUGAGGACGACGAUGCGCAGUCAUGUAGCGGCCGUAGCAUUAUCGGGGAGGUUGACGACGAAGACCACCGCAGCGACGAUUGCCCUGAUCAAGAGCUUAUUAAUCCUAUUUCCAGUUGUUUGAGGUACGAGGAAAAAGGUUACAAUGAUUAUAACAUCUGCGACAAGGAUGACAAUGAUGAGGACGAGGACGAAGUAAAUCAACGGUGGGUGUUGAGCAUGAAGAUUGGGCAAAAGAUCUGGCCGUUGGGAGUUAGGGGGGCAAAACCGACCAGAAAAACAAAGGUUUGUAAUUUGGAGAUGAUUAGUGAAAAGGAGAGGGAUAGGCUCUUCUGGGAAGAUUGUUUAUUGUCCUAAUGUACGUAUAUGUAACACUAUUAAUUACUCUUUUCCCUUUUAAUUGGUCUUCGUUUGAUUUUUCUAGCUAAACUUUGAAGAGUUAUAUAUCCAUAUAUAUAAAAGUAUUUAUAAUAUGGCAAAUAUGCGAUUGUAUCAAAGUAUACUUUCUUAAAAGUAUAUCAUU